ACUCCACCUCAUCCUAGGGUUAACCGAGCUAUUUAACUAAGCGCAUAUAACGUCGUCUCACCGUUGUAUAUACAAACAAAACCCGCAACACGCAAGAAAUUCGACUGCACGCCAUGAACAAGAGCGACGGUGCCGAAACUGAUGCCGAAACUUUAUGCCCCAAAUCUCCGACAACAUCAUGGUUUUCCCCUGAUGGGGAUAUUAAGCUUAUCCUCAGCAAUGGACAGGAGGUCUUUGUAGUUGCCUCUCAACCACUUUGCCUGAUAUCGCCAUAUUGGCGAAAGAUGAUUGGUCCUGGCAGUUGCUUCAAAGAAGCAAAAGAAAAGGAAAUCGUUCUACCAGAAGAGGAUACCCGAGGCUUGACAGUCUUCCUGAACAUUGUCCAUCUUCAGUUCCACAACGUGCCAAACGAGCUGGACUUUGAGACACUCCUAUCUUUGUCCAUAUUGACCGACAAGUAUCUCGCCACUAUCUCCGUCCGCCCGUGGAUCCAGAAGUGGCUGGCAAACUUGUAUCCUCCAGAGAGUGGCGACUACGAAGAGUGGUUGUGGAUCGCAUGGGAGUACGGUGAUGGCGCCAUUUUCAAUAACGUGGCAAACAGUCUGGCUCUCAACAUAAAAAUGAAUGAUUCCGGAAAACUGGAGGCGCCUAGCGGCAGAGUAUUCGAUCCUUUGACCGAAUACGAUUUCCCCAUGCCUCCGGAUAUCAUAGAGAGCAUUAUCGAGGUUCGAGAAAUGCAUUUGCAUGCUCUUCUCAACGUCGUGGAUGAGUACCUCCACAAGUACAACCAUACAAUCUGCUGUCUGGACACCUCUGAAUCACGAGCGGAAUGUGAUGCCUUGACCUGCGGCUCUUUGACCCUGCCACUACACCGACUAGGCCUAUGGCGUGAUCGACGAGGGCCUUUGUCGACGAAAGCAACACUGAAAGAUAUUCACAAAACGCUGGCAAGAGUAAAGGUGUUGCGAAGCCCUAGACACUGGCAAUUUCACGAAUUUGAGAAAACAAUUAUAAAGCAACCGGGGUGCGAUUUUCAAGACGAAUUCAGGGAGCGAAUCAGGAAUAUCCGGCUGUCUGUCAUUCCCAAGCAGAAGCACCGCGAUCACCUCAAGCGCAAGAGUGACCAACUCUCCUAAACAAUCGUUAUGGCCAUCUUGGGGGAAAUGGUGUUAGAUAUCGGGUGAAGGUAUCUAGUUUCUCCCCGGUAAAAGCAUGAAGGCUUCAAUUGAAGGUACUGUCUCGCUUGACAGUGAUGGACGUUAAAGCCAAGCCUAUCUAGACCAACAGCUGUCUACAUGCUUGUUUACGAGAUUGAUAAAGUGCUGUUAGAUCUU